AUGUUUCCGGCUGGAAGAGGCGACCAGUGGCGGCUGUUAGCGAGGGUCAAGGACCGUCGGGCCGGGGCGACGCUGCUCGGCCUCGUGCUGUACUUGCUGCCGGCGGCGGCUGCGCGGGCCUGGCUCGCGGCCUGGUGGGGACCGAGCCUCGAUCCCCGAGGUUCGCGCGCCUUCUCCUACUCGUUCGUUCGGAGCGCGCGCCGUCAGCGAACACUGCUCGCCUCGCCGUCGGCCAAGUGCGCAGUAAACGGAAAUCUCCUAGAGCCGCGGAGCCUACUCGGAAGGACCCGACCCCGUGAACUGCUCCUCAUGGGCAAUUACCUGUCCAAGCCCGCCCCCCCGCAGCCUGCCUCCACCCCGGAGGCCAGGGACGUGCGGGAGAGGCCCGGCCGCCGCCCGGCCGCCGGCACCGCGCCGCCGGCUCCAUCAGCCCAUCCCCACCGCGCUCAUACUCUCCCCUCCCGCCCCACUCCUCUUCUCCGACCCCCUAGGAGGUCUUCCCACCUGGCCUGUGGGACUUCAUCACAUCGGUUUGUAAUAACACCUCGAAGAUAUCCAAUCCAGCAGGCCCGCUAUUCCUUGCCGGGGGUCCUUCCCACGGUGUGCUGGAAUGGUUGUCCCAAGAAGACGGUGCUAUCUGCUCGCAAUUCCAAAGUGGUGUGCAGCCCAGUGACAGUGAGGAUUGCUCCCCCGGAUAGCAAAUUGACUCGUUCCCAUCUACCAGAGCAGGGUAUCAGCUCAACGCUGUCCUCACCAUCAACUAGCGCCCCAGAUCCGUGUGCAAAGGAGACUGUACCGAGUGCCCUCAAAGAGAGGAGGAAAAGGACAGUGGAGGAAGAAGACCAAACAUUUGCUGAUGGCCAGGAAGCUAAAAGAAGGCGCCAUGAUAGCAGUGGGGGUGGGCAUUCAGCAUUCCAGCCGGUGGUGGCCAAUGGAGUCCCUGCCUCUUUUGUGCCGAAGCCUGGGUCUCUGAAGAGAGAUCUCAAUUCCCAGAGCUCAGAUGACCCCUUAAAUAAGAGAUCACGCGCCUCUUCUCUGAGCUCCUUGACAAGCACGUACACAGCCGGCAUCCCCAGCUCCAGCCGCAAUGCCAUUACCAGUUCUUACAGUUCUACUGGAGGUCUCUCUCAGCUGCGGAAGAGGAGUGGUCCUAGCUCAUCUCCCUUCUCUAGCUCCGCUUCAUCCCACUCCCAGACUCCAGAGAGGCCAGCAAAGAAAAGAAGAGAAGAGGAACUUUCUCAUCAUUCUAGCUCUGCAACUCCACUGGUAACAGACAAGAAGUCCCAGGGAGAGAAGGUGGCAGAUACAACCACGUGGAAGAAACAGAACUCAUGGAAUUUCCCAUCAACACCUGGCAGCUCAGGGCAGCGUAAGCGGAAGGUUCAGCUGCUGCCAUCCCGGCGAGGGGACCCGCUGAUCUUGCCUCCGCCUCCCCAGCUUGGUUAUUCAGUCACUGCUGAAGACUUAGAUUUGGAAAAGAAAGCUUUGUUACAAUGGUUUAACAAGAUCUUGGAGGAUAAGACUGAUACUGCCUCGACCUCUGUCCCUGAGAGCCCACCUACCAGUAGUCAGCCUUUCUUCACUCUCACCCUGCCUGCUGCUGACUCUGCUGCCUCCACAGCCUCCCUCCCAGCCCCAAGUGCUAACCCACUGUUGGAGAGCUUGAAGAAGACACAGAGCUCCCCAGGCCUACCAUCCUUCCCCGAAUCUGCUGGCAUGGCAACCACUGCGGUCCAUUCACCUCUGAAGACACCCAGCCCUCUGGCCCCUCUUGGCUCUUCACAGUCAGGACCUCUUCUGGGCACCUCCUCAGACUUCAAAUCUACAGCCACUUUCUUGGGACUGACCCCUGUUUCUUCCACAGGACUAGUCACUGACACCACCAAGGCCCCUCCGGCCCCUCAGGCUGAGACAUCUGCCAAAUCCCAAGCCCCGUCUGCCCCAUCUCCGACCCCCAAGCAGAACAUUCCUUUUGAAAUGCUGAGCACCCCAUCUGCUAACCCUUCUGCUGUGUUUUCAGCAUCUCCCAUGUUCAAUCCCAUUUUUCUGCCCCCUCCCAAAAGUGAGAAGGAGGGCCCCUUGCCCUCUAGCCCUUCCAAGGUCACAGCCACAGCAUCUUCCAGCUCAGCCCUCCCCAUGACUACCAGCAGCCCAUCCCUCACUUUCAAACCUGUCUUUAGUACCAUGGGGCCUCCUGCAUCCGCGCCCGUAUUAACUCCCUUCUCUUUCCAGCAAACAGCUCCUCCAGCCACUACUACGAGCACCCCUCUCUUCAAUAGCCAGGCCAGUGCCACCCCUGCAGCGGCUUCUGUGACCACAGUGAGCACCUCCACAGAUUCUGCCCUGAAGCCCACAUUCAGCUUCUGUGUGAGCAGCAUGACCAGCACCCUGAGCACCGUGACUAGCACCACUGUUGCCACCUCGCAGCCCUUCCUUUUUGGGACUCCCCCUGCCUCUGAUGCCAGCUUCACCCCAGCUGUGGGCUCCAUAUUCCAGUUUGGUAAGCCUCCCACCAUGCCUACUUCAACAUCAGUCACCGCCUUUGGCCAGUCCCUUCCCAGUGCUGCUCAGACAGCCGCCAGCAGCAGCAGCAGCACUGCUGGCUUUAGUGGUUUUGGCAGCACCCUUACAGCCUCCACCCAGGCCACCACCAGCCAGCCCAUGCUGACUUUCAGUAGCCCCACCGCCCCGGCAUUCAACAUUCCGUUUGGCUCAAGUGCCAAGCCCUCUCUCCCAUUAUACCCGGGAGCCAACCCCCAGCCCAGCUUCGGGGCCACGGAUGGGCAUCAGCAGGGGGCUGCCACACCAGCCCUUGUCCCCAGCUUUGGCAGCUCCUUCACUUUUGAAAAUGCUGCAGCCCCCACCCUGACUGCAACUCCAGUGCCAGCCCCAGCCCAGCCAGCCUUUGGCAGCACCACGCAGUCUGCUUUUGGUGACCUGAAAGCCACAGCCUCUGUCUUUGGCACCCCUGCCAGCACCCAGCCAGCCUUUGGCAGCACCUUCUCCUUUGGUGCAGCCACCACCUCUGGCUUAGGAGCUACAACCCAGACCACCGGCAGUGGGACCAGUAGCUCUGUGUUGGGCAGCAUAACACCAUGUCCCUUCAAAUUUGGGGAAUUGGCAGCCCCAGCCCCCAGCCCCAGCCGGGGCGGCGGAGGCUUUGAGAUCUGUGUGGCCACCCCAGGCACCAGCUCUGCCUCGGGAGCUUUCAGCUUCGGGGUAGGACAGAGUGGGCCCACUGGCAACAUGAUCCCUUUUGGGGGAGGCUUGAGCCGGAACAGCCUGGGCGCUCCCAGCCAGAACGCAUCCUUUGCCUUCAGUAUGGCCAGCACGCUGGACAGCAAGCCUGUGUUUGGAGGCACUGCCUGGCCCACCUUUGGUCAGAGUGCCCCUGCCCCUGGGGUGGGCACAUCGGGCAGCAGCCUCUCCUUUGGGGCAUCCUCAACAUCCACCCAGGGCUUUGUUGGAGUUGGACCUUUUGGAUCUGCUUCCCCUUCCUUUUCCAUUGGUGCGGGAUCCAAGCCCCCAGGGGCUCAGCAACAGCCAUAGCCCCGGAGGCAGCACACUCCCAAGAAGCAGCUCCUGGACCUUCCCCCACCCCCGCCCCACCCCCACCCACAUCUGGACCUCGGCACCUGCCAGAAAGAGCCUCUCAUCUUCUAG